AUGGCGUACAACGUAUUCAGAGUGUAUGUCGCCUUUUUUUUUUUUUUUUGUUAAAGAAUCUAGUUCACCUCAGAAGCACCGAAGCCGGGAAUGAAUGACGAAGGGUAACUGUAGUUUCUGGCCCAUGAUAUCCCCCCAAUUCCCUUCCUCCCCCAAAUCUAUCGUAUCCGAUCCCAUCCCAUCCAGUCCACAAACGUAUAUGCAAUACCGCCACCCAUAACGUAUAUACCCCAAUUUAAACAGCCGCCGCUACCGCCGGAAUACUCCCACCCGUAGAGACCCCCUCCCGCUCGCGAGCUCUCUUCCGCUUCUCCAGCAAGCUCUCCCGCCUCCGCGCCAGAAUCUCCGUCUGCCGCUUGUCAACCUGACUCAGCCAGUAUCCGAACGACCCACUGACCGCGGCGAAGACCGGAUAUCCCCACGCCGUGUCGCGGGCGAGGAAGGGGCGCAUUUCUAUGCCGAGCUGCCACCAGCGGGUUGCGGCGCCUGUUCGUAUAGUGAGCAGUUAGUGGGAUUGAGAAGGUCGAAGGCGCGGGGGAGGAAGGUACCGAAGAGGGCCCAGGUUAGGAUCGAGGGCAUUGUUAUGGUUGAAUUUGGAUUUGGAUUGGUUGUGGGUGGUAGUGGUUGA